AUGGUGAUUAAAAGAGCUAAAAGUCCGGCUGAAGUGCUCUAUUUGACGGCUGUGGACAGAGGCGACAGAAAAGCAGCCCUUGUUGCUUUGGAUAGCCCGGCCAAUAUCAAUAAGGACUGCGUUGACGGCGAAGGGCGUACUGCGCUCGUUAUAGCUAUUGAAAAUGGCAACAUAGAUUUAGUAGAGCUUCUAUUAGAGAAAGGAGUUCGUAUUGGCGAUGCCCUUUUACGAGCCACGGACGUGCAAUUUGUUGCCGCCAUAGAACCGAUAUGUGACCAUUUAAAUAGACAAGGAAAGCUAAAGGAUGGGUUGAACUGUCGCGACUCUAAAGGUGAUCUCCAUCCAGAUAUCACACCCGUGGUGUUAGCCGCGCAUCAUAAUAAUUACGAUAUACUGAAAACGUUGUUGGAAUAUGGCGCCUAUCUUCAGGAUCCAGAUAUGAGUAAUACUCACGAUUUUCAAACUACGGAGUUUACUCUGGAGUACUCGAUCGGUAGGAUUAAUAUAUACAGGGCACUGGCAAGUGAAGCUUAUAUAGCGCUGACCAGUGAAGAUCCAAUUAAUACGGCAUUUGAGCUCAGUUGGAAACUCCAACAACUAAGUGAACGUGAUUAUGAGUUUCAUUUUCAGUAUAUUGAACUGGCCGACCAGUGCGAGCAACUGGCUGCCGACUUGUUGGGUCAGGUACGUGACUCUAGAGAACAAAGUAUUGUUCUUUCGCACGAUCCCAAGGAAUGGGUGACGAGUCGAGACUUCCACGAACCCAAUAAAGUGAAGCGAGCCUUACGAUUGAACCAGAAAAAGUUUGUGGCUCAUCCUCACUGCCAGCAACAGCUAAUCGAAUUGUGGUACCGAGGUCUUCCAUCGUGGCGUAAGCAGCACGUGAUGCAAGCCUACAUGAUUUCAUUCGGCUUGGGUCUAGCCUUCCCCUUCCUCUGCCUCUGCCAUAUCUUUGCGCCUGGCAGCAAACCCGCAUUGUUGCUUAAAACCCCGUAUGUACGUUUCAUCUGCAACGUUGCGUCGUCUCUAGCGUUCCUGAUUCUAUUAUCAAUACAAGCCGUCGACUUUCAUACAGUGAUGCAACCACACGCCAAUCUAAACAAGUCCGAAACUGAAGAGAUGGAUCAGCUAAGAGGACAACACGUUCUAUUCACAGAGGCUCUUGUUAUGUUCUUUGUUUUCUGUCACACGUCAUCUGAAAUCCAAGACAUUAUGAAAACAGGAACUAGAGGUAUAAAGUAUAAUUUUACUUGGAAACUUCUGGAUUACAUGAUGUUAUCAUUAUACUGGGCAUGGAUUGCAUUGAGAAUCAUUGCGACAUUGGAGCUGAUUGGAAUGCAGGAUACGGUGAAUGGUAAUAUCACCAAGACGGAAUUGGUCUAUGAUGACAGCCAGAGUGACUAUGUGGACGAUUUCUAUUACAGUGAUUACUACGGUAAUAACGCUAACAAUGUGCCGUCGGAACAAGACAGUAGAAUGGUGGAACUGCUAAAGCGGCAGAGUGCAAUGGAAUUAACGCUGGAAAGAAUAUACGCUAAACUGAAUGAAGCAGAAUUAAACCCGGAUAUAAACAAACGAGAUCGACGGGCUGUGCGCCGGCCAAAGCGACCAUCCAGUGGAGGGGGGUCAGCUGGGGCAACAGACGCACCAGCGGAAGACUCCGCGAUUGCCAGGCUCGACUCGUUGCAUCCUAUCUUAGUGGCCGACGGUAUAUUCGCAGUAGCCAAAGUGCUCAGCUUUUUACGCGUCAUACGAAUGACUGUUGUGCAUCUGAAUGUGGGUCCCAUGCAGAUUUCCCUGGGCAGGAUGACUUAUGAUAUUGUGCGUUUUCUUGCAAUAUUUACCCUGGUUUGGUUCGCGUUCUCUGUUGGAUUGAAUCAGCUUUACUUCCACUACACAAGGGAGCACGCUGUGACUUGUGGUAUGGAAGCAGCUGGUCGUAAGUGCAACCCACCUUAUGGCAGUGUUUCUAAUGCUUUAGCAACACUAUUUUGGACGCUGUUUGGGUUGUCUGAUCUAUCGAGCCUAAAGAUUCUUCACAUGGAUCAUUGGUUCACGGAAAUGGUUGGACAGAUGCUAUAUGCUGCAUACCACGUGCUCGCUAUUGUUGUGCUGCUCAAUAUACUUAUUGCAAUGAUGAGCAACACCUACACCAAGAUCGAGGAAGACGCUGACAUGCAGUGGAAGUACGCCAGGUCGCGAUUAUGGUUGAGUUACUACGAGAAACGAACAGCACUAGCGCCACCAUUCAAUGUGUUUCCAACCUGGGACAGCUUCCGAAAGAUCAUAAGAACAUUUAAAAGAAAGAUUUACGGCAAUUCUAUGGAAAGAAAAAAGAAAAAGAGAAGUAUUAUUGAAAGAAAGCACAAAGAAUACAGGGAGGUCGUACAGCAACUGACGCAGCGUUACCUUUUUCAACGGAAGCGAGUGGGUGAAGAUGACGAUAAUAAAGUUGGUCCGGAGCCAUGGAUAGCAGAUCUCAAACGUGACGUUUCAGGAUUCAAAUACGAUUUACUGCAAAGUCUCACCGAUAUGGACAGUAGGAUGAAAGAUAUCCAAGAACAGAUAGACGAGGAGAAAAAAGAACCCACACCCAGUCCUGGCACGGAGAUUGAACACGCGCUGAGAAACUGUAUGAAUGACCCACCGCCUAAACCCAAACCCCCAAAACCUAAGCGAAAUAAUAUGCCGUCGACGAGUCCCCUCACGCAAGGUACCUUCACGAAGAGGGGGAUGAUUCAAAGAUCGUUACGAUUCGCCGACGGAUUUUACGAGGGGGAGGUCGACUACACGUCAGAUGAAGAGACUGUGUAG